AUGACUUUCUCUGCCAUUAGCAACAAAUCUACCCCCUUGACUAACGGGACAGCUGCUCAGAGUCCCACGGUGGUUAGGAAUACCGACAGUGAUCAAGAGCGAUCGCAACAAUCCUCGACAAUCUCUCCGGUCCCCGCCGAUGAAGAAGUGACAUCUCAGACGAGUCUAUCCAACGCACCGUUUUUGGCUGACGAGGCUUUGGACUUCUCCGGUGUGCCUCUCAAGACAGCCAGCAAAAAGAUGGUACGCUUCGACUGCGUGGCCAGCAGUGCCAACGAUGAUUGCGUUAGAAGAAAUGGCUUGACGGGAGAACAAGAUGACCAGGAUCACAUGGAGGAAGAAUUGGAACAUCAAGGCAACGACUCAUCCCGUUCUCAAAAUUGCAGUAUUCCCAAGACAAAAAGCAAGCGCUCCUUGCAACAGGCCCAGGUUCUUCUGCAGAGAGUGUCUCGCGGCAGCAUUGCCCGUCGCCGUAAGAGUCCACCACCCGCCAACAUGACGGCCCUCGACUGUAUCAAGCUUCAACUGGAUCGGAUGGAAGCAAAAAUACAGAAAUCGGCCGUGUUGGAACUCGCCUUGUUGAAUCAAUCCAAGACUAUUCGUGAACAGCGGACGGCCUACCAGAGAAGGUACGAGAAAAUGGCCCGGGACUAUGGUGAACUCGUCCAAGCAGCGCAUCCCGAUCAGAAGCACGUGGUACAGCCUGGUAUGCCGCACGAGUUACCGCCCACAUUUCCCGGGAAUCGCGCUACCAUGAAGUCCACGUAA